AUGAGGGACUUUGGUGGCUUCACCAUUCCUUGCUCCAUUGGAGGGGUUGACAUAGGGCAAACCCUAUGCGAUCUGGGAGUUAGCAUAAAUUUGAUGCCCCACUCCAUUUUUAAGAAGUUAGGAAUUGGUGAAGUGCGACCAACCUUAGUAAUGCUUCAAAUAGAUGAUUGUUCUUUUGCAGGACCAGAAGGGAUAAUCGAAGACGUACUGAUAAAUGUGGAUAAAUUCAUUAUGCCCGCAGACUUUAUAAUUCUUGACUAUGAAGCAGACCAUGAUGUGCCUAUCAUUUUGGGUAGACCAUUUUUACCCACUGGACGCACACAAAUAGAUGUGCAUAAUGGGGACAUCACAAUGAGAGUGAACGAACAAGAAAUGAAGUUUAACAUCCUCAAGGCAUUAGAAUUCCCUAACGAAGCAGAUGUAUGCCAUACGGUAUUGAGAAUGAUUGGCUUUACAACGCAGAUCAAGAAUGAAGAUGUCGAUGGAAAAACAGACCAACAGCCCUCGCAUGCUUGCUAUGCGCCAAAAGUUGCGCAGAAGAACUUUGAACCAUUAAACAUGGGGGACUAA